CGUUUUAUUUCCGGGUGUUCCACCGCCACUUCCGUGUUGUUAAUAAGGUUCAACUAGUCGAUAACAAGGCCCAGUUCAUAACAGUUUUGAAUACAGAAAGAAACCGAGGGGACAAUCGUUUAGACGACAAUCUGAAACAUCUCUAAAGCAGUUUCCAGACUUUGUCAUCAAGGUGGGUCACACUGGAUGGACCAGCUGGUACCUGUCGGGGCCAGCUAAUAACAUCCUUUUGGGCCUGUAGGUGUAACAGUAGUCCACAAUGGCCAGUAACUUCCGAAGCUACAUCUGGGACCCGGUCCUUAUUGUGUGUCAGAUUGUGUUGAUGCAGUGCAUCUACUACAGUUUCCUGGGCCUGUGGUUGGCUGGAGUGGACAGUCUGGUGCAAUCUAGUCGGUCACUGGCUCAGAUCUUCAGUUAUGAGGUUCUUGGCUUUGCAACAAUGCAGGGUAGGCUCUCAAUGAUGGCAUUCAUCUUGAACUCUCUCACCUGUGCACUUGGUCUGUGGUUCUUUGUCCGUCGAGGGAAACAAUGCUUGGACUUUACUGUCACCGUGCACUUCUUCCACAUGAUCGGCUGCUGGAUCUACAAUGCUCACCUUCCAGCCGCCCUCUCCUGGUGGCUCAUCAAUGUAGCCUGCAUGGCCUUAAUGGCUGUCAUCGGAGAGUACUUGUGUAUGCGGAGCGAGCUCAGGGCCAUUCCAGUCAAUAGUGGACCCAAAUCUAACCUAUGAAUAUGAGUUGACAUCACACUGAAUUGAAAAUCUGUGGACGGAUGGAGGGUCCUGCCCAGAGGACAAUUUUUUACUAGUUUCAGAAGAAGCGGAGCACGAAUGUGGGUUGAUGAAGACUUUGGAUUGUGGUCGAUCUCCACUUCAAGUGAAACACCGGACUGAUCUAUUUAUUCAACGCUAUCGUAUUAAUGUUAGAUAUAAUUAACUCUGAAGCAUAUAAAGAUAUACGUUUUAAUGCUUUGGAAAGUGGAUGGCAGUUUAAAGCGGUCCUUGAACUUUUUUGUUUUAAUUUUAGUUACAUUAAAAAGCACCCCAUUUCUUGAUUUUAAGAUGUAUAAUAUGUUGACUUUUCCAGUUAUGUGCACAUUUCUACAAACAGUUAGUGACAAGAUCAAAUCUUCAACUCUCUUUUAAAGACACUGGAGAGUCACAGAUUUCAGCAACUAACAUUGUUUCCUUUAUUUACAAGCUGGAGGGGUAGACAAACAAACAUCUCUUUAACAUUAAAAGGUAAUCUUGGCAAUGUAACCUUUUCUCAGCUUUAUAAUUUUGUCUGAAAGCUGCAUUUAAACUUAAAUGUUUGUCAGUGUUCAGACAGUUCUGUUUUAGGUUUCAUUUCAAAUCCGGCGUAUUUGACCUCUUUAGACAGAAUCUGUAGAUUCUGUACAUUCAGUCUCAUAAUGCUCAUUAAGGGCUUCUUUGUCAAGGGUGUACAGCAUUUUGCACAGCAAGCGUUGUUUUCUUCUGUCUCUUCAUGUCAUGAUGUAUUAUUUAGACAAGGUGGCCACUUGGGGGACCAUUUGUCAGCCACCAGCUGUGUUCUGACAGCAGGCUGCGUCUUUGUUUCUGAAACACUGGCUGUUUGUGGAGAUGUGAUGUGAAAGAUCUGAGAUGGGCACCUCUGAUGGUUUCAGGAACAGUUUCAGUUUUCUGGUGUAGGAAUGGCUUUCUAAACCUUGUAUAAAUCGACUGCUUAUUAUUCUACAAUCUUUUUAUACUGUGUGGUGACUGGUAAAUCAAACUGUUACAGCUUCAAUAGUGUGGACUUUGCUGUGGCUUUAAAAACAACAUCAGGCUUCUUAAGUGUAAUUGAAGUACAUCAUUAUUUGUUAUGUGUGUUGAGAAUGAAAAGGUUAUACAAUGGUUGGACAUUACUGGGAAUACAAGGAUUUGUUUCCUGAGAGUUUUAUUUGAGUAACCAUACCAUUAUUUCUUUUUUAAAAUAUAUAUAUCCUUUUUUUUUUAAUCUUGAUGGAAAUUCAAGUUUUCACUCUGUUAUUAGCACAAACAGGAUCUACGGACAUGCAUUUAAUGAAUGCCUUUUAUGGAGCGAUAUCAGAGUGAGGCGGCCGCUCAGGGACUGGUACCCCGAGCAGUUGGCGGUUCAGUGCCUUGCUAAAGGGUAAUUUUGGCAGUACCAGUUCCAAUUCCAUACUUGAUAUAUACCGCGACUUAAACCAGUGACCCUCCGGUUCCCAAACCAAGUCUCUGAAGUCUGAGCUACAGAACAUCUUUCAAAUGCACUACAGCAUUAUUACUUAUUAACUUAUCAACACACACUAUAUCUCAUUCAAUAAAGACCUAACUGUAAGAACAAAACGUUUUUAGAGGAAUUAUGUUCCAGGAAGUAAUUUUCUUAGCGGGUGCAGUUACUUCCUAGUUUUUUAGCAACUUCAUUUAAUUUUAUUUGCACUUCACUUUAUUACCAGUCAAACCAGGUUUACUGUGUUAACAGUUAGCUGUAUUGAUGCUGGAGUUUUUUUUUUCUGUUAUCUUUGUAGGGUGUCACUGGUGGUACAUUUGAUAAACAGGCAAGAGAGUUGCAUUGAUCCUCUCAUCUAACUCUUUAUAAGGAAACCAAUAAGCAUACUGUUGAUCACUAAUAACAUCGAGCUUUUCCUUCAUGUUAUAUUCAAAGUAAUGACUAUUGUUUUGAACUGUCUCCUCUCAUUUGAUCAUUUCUACCAAUGACUGCUUUUGAAGUUUAGACCUGCGAUGCCAUCUAAGUAUUCUUUAACGUUAACUUUAUUUUUUUUAAAAAUUCAUUUCAAUUCAGAGAACUCUUGAGAUAGACCUAUUCAUGUAAAUAAAUACUCUGACUUUGUAUAAUGUGGGAAAACAUCACAAACACAGUGUAAACAUUUUCUCCUCCUGAAGAUUUAAAUGUGUCCGCACCAGCAGAGGGAAAUUAUACUAUAUAAUUCAGGUAUUUUGUGACUAUGUUCCUCAAUAAAACACUAGAAAUACUUAUA